UCUGGCAGGAUGGAGUUGCUCAAGUGAUUCUCAGACGCCAUUGACUCUGUGCGCGUGGGCUCGUGGUUCUCUUUCGAGUUUGUGGUUCGUCGGGGAAAGAGCGCUUUUCCCGAGGUAGGAAGCGCAUUCACGCCGGAACAGUGCCGUUGCCGUGGGAACCCGCCUUCAGUGGCCGACGGCGCGUCACCAUGAACGCGCAACCCCGGAGAGUGCGCUUGAAACCCUGGCUUCUGGCUCAGGUGGACGGCGGCGCUUUUCCCGGUCUCCAUUGGAUGGAUUCGGAGCGCCGGCUGUUCCAGAUCCCCUGGAAGCACGGCACCCGCAACCUGCCGACGUGCCAAGAGGAGAACACCAUCUUUAAGGCGUGGGCCCUCGAGACGGGCAAAUUUCGGGAAGGUGUGGACGAACCCGACCCCGCCAAGUGGAAAGCCAACCUGCGUUGUGCGCUGAACAAGAGUAAAGAGUUUCAGCUCAAGUUCGACGGCACCAAAGAGACGCCGCUUCAAGCCUUUAAAAUUUACCAAGUUGUCAACACGGGCGGCGCCGAGGAUGACGACGAGAUGCCAAAUCUGACGGCGCUGACGCUCGAUUCCGGGAAGUGCGACUCGGCCUCUUCGGUGUCUGCGCCGCAUCCCCCGAGUCACGUCAACCAGUGGCGUGGAGCCCCGCUGACCUCUGAGCACCCUCAACAGGACUUCCAAACAUUUGGGGUCAGCUUUAAUCAUCUUGAGCCCGGCGGCGGGGCCCAGGCUCAGGUGGACCCGGCCCACCUGCUAAGUAGCAUCCCGUCGACAGAUCUGGACCUGAGGUUCCAGUACCGCGGCCGGCCGAUGGGUUCGCUGACCGUCAGUAACCCUCAGGGCUGCCGGCUGUUCUACGGACAACUGGGACCCGACCCGCAGCGAGUCGACCUGUGCGGACCCGUCGACCUGCAGCAGGUCCUGUUUCCGGGGACUUCUGACAUCCCGAGCCAGAAGCAACGCGCGUUCACCGAGGCUCUGCUGAGCGUGAUGGAUCGUGGCCUUAUCUUGGAAAUCCGAGAGCAGGACAUUUACGCCAUCCGCCUCUGUCAGUGUAAAGUAUUCUGGUCGGGACCGGGCGUGCCGGAUCAGGGUCAACCCAAUCGUCUGGAGAGAGAGAGGAGGGUCAAAGUCUUCAGCCUCAACGACUUCCUUCAAGGACUGAUCCUGUACCAGAAAGGUGAAGCUCCGAAUGUUCCCCCCUACGAGAUCUACUUCUGCUUUGGGGAGGACUGGCCUGACAUGAAACCCAAAGAGAAGAAACUCAUUGUGGUUCAGGUGGUUCCGGUGGUGGCUCGGAUUCUAACAGAAAUGUUCUCAGGAGAGCAGAGCUGGUCCAUCGAUAGCAUCCGACUGCAAAUCUCGAACCCGGAUGUAAAGGACCAGACGGUGGAACAGUUUAAAGAGCUCCAGAGACUUCUACAGAGUCAAAAUAUCCAAGGACUCUGAGCUGCAUUAUCGCCGGAAAAGUGACCUCGAAGCCUCCCUGACCGGAAAACCAGGAGAAGACUGAGCAGAACCUUUGCAAAACGCCACUGUUGGGACGCUGCGAAUGUCAGCUUUUGAAAUUCGAGUGCGCGCGCAAAAGCAAAAGCAAACAAAAAAGGGCGCGUGUUCAUUUUGUGGUCACUGGCUUUUGUACUGGCUUGAACGUCUCACGCUGCCCUUGUUCUGAACCUGGUUUUGUCCGUCCUUCACCCGAGCCGCAUCUCCUCUCGAGAUCCCCGGGAGCGCUGGAGCCAACCCCAGCUCUCUUCGGGCCAGAAGCGGGGUACACCUUGGACUGGUUGCCAGCCCAUGGAAGGACACGUCCAGACAAACAAGCUGUAACACCGACUGGCAAUUUAAAGAGUCUUUUCAAAGUUAACGAAUCUGUUUUAUUGAUGUGUGUGAAUCAAGGCAUUAGAUUUCAGGCUGGCAGACUUGAUACGGAUGUGUUUUUCAGCACUUUAAGUGAAAAGAUGUUCAAGUUGAUCCUGGCGGAAUUUAUGAAAUUGCAAUUUUUUUUUGUUUUUUUUUCAAAAUACAACUAACUGGAAACCA